CUCGAUAGACUCAACCUCAAACUUAAUGAUAGAUGUGAUAUUCUUGAAUUUUAAAAAAAAAAUAAAAUAGUGGGGUAUUAUUUGUUUAAAAAAAAAAAAAAAAUGUACAAUGUUAUAAGUGACACUUGUGGAAGUGUAUAAGUGGCAACAGUAACACUUGUCCUUAUUCAUAGGAUGAAAUUGCCAGUGUAUUCCCACUUACAUAUUUCUGGAAAAAGCUUAGUUGACUCAAAGUCUUCAAGGCUUAGUGGAAAGUAUAUAUAUAUAUAUAUAUAUUUAUAUAAGAGUGAACAAAACCCCACACACACACACACACACAUCACUUGGUCUCGGCUAAAGAGAGAGAGGGAGAGAGAGACUAGAGGAAGGAGAAAGGAGGAAGGAGGAACCAGUAGCCAUAAAAGCAGGUAGGUUUUCAAAUCUUAAAUUAAUUUUUUUUUUUGCGCCAGCGGCUGUCCUUUUGUGAUUGUAAAUUUAACUUUUAGUUGUACAUAAAGAUUAUGGACUAAAUGAUCACAGGUAUGUUAGUUGUUUUUUUAAGGGUUAGUCUAUGAAUGGACUUUUUGGCUAUGAGUUUGGAUUUGGCUAGUUUUGUUCUUUAUCAAGUAGGUUGUGCUUUUAUUUUAGUAUUGGUGUUUGAGUCAAGUUUCAAAGCGUGAUAGUAGAUUUUUGUUAAACACUAAAAAAAUUAAAAAUAAAAGAAUAUUUUAUCUAAAGAAAAAAAUAUUUUUCAAAAAAAAUAUUUUACGUGGAAACAAACCGAGCCUAACAUAGAAUUACUUACUCAUCUAUGCCUAUUAAAUUGCUGCUGGUAUUUAAGUAACUUUUUGAGGAUCAAUGGAGAAAAAUAAAACAAAAAUAGAAAAACGUGGCUGAUGUAAUAGCCCAAAAAUGGAAAAUACUUGCAUACCAAAACAGAAGAUAUGCUGAUAUGUAUAUUAUAACUUUUUGAGGAUCAAAAGACAAAAAAUAAAAGAAAAAGGUUGCUGAUGUAAUAGCCGGAAAAUACUUGCGUACCAAAACAGAAGAGAUGCUGGUUAAAAAAAAAUGCCGAUAUGUAACUUUCUGUAAAAAAAAAAAAAAAAAAAAAAAAAAAAAAAAAGAAAAAGAAAAAGAAAGAAAAAAGAAAGAAGAAAGAAGAAGAAGAAGUUUGCUGAUGUAACAGCCAAAAAAAUGGAAAAUAUUUGCACACACCAAAACAGAAGAGAUGGGAAAGGCUGUCAGCUAGAUGGCACGGGGUAAUAUAUAGCCAAUGGAAUCAUAAGUAAUCUUCACCCCUUCUCCUAGUUUUACCAUAUGUCUUCUUUUUGCCCCCAAAGAUUGUUAUUUUGUAAAUUAAGGUAACUUGUGACCCCUAAAACUUAUACUAUGAAAUUUUAAUUGGUCCACUCAAACUUAUAAAAAAACUUCUUAACUGCUCAAAUUUUGUGAAAUUUUUUUUUUUUUUUUUCAAUUGUUAAUGUAAGCCUAUUAUUUGGAUAAAAUAAAUAAAUAAUAAAAAAAUUAAAAGCUCAAUGAAGAAAAAAUUAAGCAAAUAUAUAUAUAUAUAUAAACUCCCUCUUAGGUUAUGCUACUUAUCAAACUCUCCCUACCAAUAAAGACGGAAUAGACACGGUAGACAAGGAAAAUGUCCAUCACAAAAUACAACUCUUACUUAGAUAAUUAUCACCCAAUAAAUUUGUGAUCUUUUUCAUUUUUGGAUAUAUUUUGGUUUUGGUAACGUAUUUACUGUGAUCUGAGGGGUAUUUAUGAUUUAGGGUUUGGAAUAGGCAGUGCAGAAUAAUUUAACUCGCUGUGUAGGAGAAGAGAUAGAAAUGGCUAAUUGGAGGAGUUUUGGCGAUCGGAUGCUGCAUUGCCGCCGGUCUAUUCUAAAAGCAUGGUGCAAUUGUUCCAAUCCGGCCAGAUUUCACCACUCCACAUGUGGUGGUGGUUUGCUCUCUCCCGUCCGAUCGUCGGACUAUUUUCUUCGUCGAUCAGUUGGAGUCUCCAAAAAAGGUGCGAACUUUUCGUCGAUUCAAUGUUAUUCUUCUUCUGCUGAAGCAACAGCAGCAGAUGCAGUAGUAGUUGAUGAAGAGGAUUCACUAGGAGGACCCCUCCGUCUUCAAUCAGCACCGUUCCUGAUGCUCCCUGCUGGAUCUAGGUUGGUUGCUGGAAGCGACGGCGAAAGGUUUAAGCUUGUGGCGAAGAAGGACGAAGACGACGCCGACUGCUACCAUUUCUUUAGUGUUAGAGAGAAGAAAGUGAUGAAGAUGAGAAUGAAUGUUAUGCUUCCAUGGCAAAGGGAAUUACUUCCCCCAAACGAAGCCAUCUGCUUCGGUUCGUCUCUUGGCUGGCUCGCCUUUAUCCACCCUCGCAAUUGUUCUCUCUACCUUUUCAACCCUUUCAUCCACUCUUAUCUCCCUUACCUCCCCCUCCCUCCCAUUCAAACCCUACCUUGUAUCAUCUCCAGCGUUCGCUACAAUUCCAAUAUUCACACCUCAUCUUCUUCUUCACCACCCAUUGUCACUGAGUUCAGCAUUUGGGAUCAAUUCUCGCCCAUAUCAUCCCAACGCUUAAGUCAGAAGUCUUUCUUUAAGAAGAUUGCGUUGUCCUCAACCCCGUCCUCGUUCCCUUCCAAUCAUCAUCAUCACAAAAACAUCAAUAAUAAUGAAAUGAAAAAGUGUUCUUCUGACUCUACUGUGAUGGUCAUCCAAGGCUACGAGAACUAUAAACUCGCAUUCUGCAGAAUUGGGGGCACCGCAUGGACUGUGUUAGAUGGUGCGGGGGUAUCAUACUUUGAUGUCAUCUAUUUCAGCAAGGACCAAAAAUUUUAUGCCUUGUCCACCUCUUAUAAACUUAUAGAAGCUUGGGAUCUCCGCGAUGCUGCCUCUCCAAAGAAUAAUACCAUCAUUUCUCGUUUGCCUCCUUUGGUACACCCCACAAUGGACCAACACCAACACCGGCUCAGACAUCUUUGCCAUCACGAUUAUUAUCUAGUGGAGUCUUCCGGGGAGUUGUUGAUGGUUGUUAGGUACUAUUCUCACCAUUUUAAGGAUAAUGGCAAGCAGGACUAUUCCACUCCGAGGAAGACCAUUCUGUUUGAUGUGUAUAAGCUGGACUUUGUUAACAAGGAGUGGCUACUCUUGCCAAGCUUAGGCGAUAGGGCAUUGUUUAUUGGUAUUAAUGAGUCUCUCUCUGUCUCUGCCCCUGAUUUCCCCGGGUUGGAGAAGAAUUGUAUUUACUUCACUAGUCCCGAUGCCGAAAACUUGGAAGAUUCUCAUGAUUUGGGUGUCUUCAACUUGGAAGAUAACAGUAUAACUCCAAUUUAUCAUUACGACUUGAAGAUUCAACUGCCUUCUACCUGGAUCAUCCCACCUCAGCAUUGAAUGAAGCAAUCCCUCGUUUUGGUUAUACUAGCAAAUAUAUGCUAAGGCAUCGAUUUGGUAUUGAAUUCGGCUUAGAUGGGAUCGAAAUGAAAAUGCUUCUGCUCAUUUUAUGGUUGCGUGACAACUAUAUAAACUCAUUAUUUUGGAUUCACGUUGUGAUGUAUGGUCAUUCGCAUGUUGAUGUGUGUUAUUCUAUUUAGGAGAUCUAGUGCAUUUUUUCUAGAAUUCUGGUGGUGUUCUGGUUUCCUUGUAGUUAAUAUACUAGCCUUGUUCAGUUGAAAAGAGGGUACAAAUAGUCACACAUCACAUGAUUCUUUGACUUUUCUGCGCCACUUGUUCUUGUGGUUGUUAAUGAAAGUACCCACUUUACCAUAAAACCCAACAAAUUUAUUGAUUCCAAAGUGGUUGGGUCCAUGAGGCUUUGACCAGGAAAUGUAAUGUUUACCGACGCAUAUUAAUACAAUUAUUUAAAAAUAAAUUUUUUUAUAAUUGAAUUUUUAUAACAUUAAAUUAUGCCGAGUGUUUUUUUUUUUUUUUUUCAAGUUAUUUUUUGAAUAUAGACAAAUAUUUAAGAGUUACAAACUAAGAUUUUGGACCUAUGGGACGCAUAAUGUUGAUACCCACUUUAAACUAGCGAGGGAUUUAACUGUAAACUAACAUCUAAGUUGAAUAUAUAAUUAUGGAUCAGUUUUUUCUAUUAUUAAUAUUAUUUUUUUCAGGACUACU